UCCGAGUAGUAAAAUAGUUAAAUGCAAACCAACGAUGCCACGCUUAAAAGAACGACGCUAGAGAUCAAUUUGGAAAUGGACGAGGAGGCAGCAGUGGGCAUGGGACUUCCCAUGGUAGGCCUCGGUGUCAUGGGUCUCUUGGUCGAGGUCGCCAGCGCUGUCGUGGUCGACGGUGGCGGGGCGGUACGGAUAAACGUUUGCUUGGGAGGCGCCGACGAAUCGGACGGCACGAAGUCCGGAUUGGAACCCUCGUCUUUGUCCUCGAUAGGAGACCCGUCCGUGCCAUUGUUCAGCACCGAUUCACAUAACGAUGACGUGUGAAUAGCCAUGUCGAAGAGGUUGGCAAUUUCCUUGGACGUAACGUCGAUCAUGGCAUCGCAGUCGGGCAGCAACGUCCACGGCUUGAGGGCGUCUUUGCAUGCAGGAAUGGAGCACACUUGGGCGAACAAGGCGUCGUUCAUGGAGAUCUGGUCCCACUUGUCCACAGGGGACGAGAAGUUUGCAGUGAAGUCGCCCCAUAGCGCCUGGCAUUCGGCUGGUGCCACGAGGCCGUCGCCGAGGGCCUUCUCGAUCAGCACCUGCUCCGUCUCGUUGCAAGGAUUCAACGGCUUCGAUUCCACCAUCUCGGCAUGGACAUAUCGUGUCAGUGUAGCAAGAAGCAGAACUGCGGCUCGAACGCGCAUGAUGGAGGAUGCAGUUGGUCGUCGUCGCAUCGUGUAGAAAUUCGGGAAGUGAAGCUUGACUGGCAUUAUUGCAUUUG